GGACCAUCUCCCUCCUAGUGUCCACAGAUACAUUGAGAGAGAGAGAGAGAGGGAGAGAGAGGGAUGGCUUUGUAUCUGUUGCUUCAGCUCUUCUGGCUAGCAACAACAGUGGCAUCACAACCUCCAGUAACAACCAAGCCCAGCUGCCCCGACAAAUGCGGGAAUGUUCACAUUCCCUACCCGUUUGGUAUCGGUGAUGGCUGCAACAUUGGCCUAGGAGGCUUCAAUUUCUCCUGCAACGACACUUUUCACCCUCCAAAACCAUUUAAGGGUAGGCUUGAGGUUCUAGACAUAUCAUUACUGUCAGGCCUAAUGAGAGUUUCAUCCCGUAUAAUGUGGAAGUGUUAUGAAGGGACAGGAGAAUGGAACUCCAACGCUCCGGUUGGGAUGCAAUUGGCUAAAGGGAACUCGUUCACGUACUCAGAAACCCAUAACAAAUUCACAGCCAUUGGUUGCGAUACCUACGGCUACAUCAAAGGUUUAUCGGGCCGCAACUUCACGAGUGGUUGUAUUUCAUUUUGCAGUGACACUAACAGCGUGAUCAACGGCUCUUGCUCUGGUAUAGGAUGUUGCCAAACCGACAUCCCAAAAGGUUUCAAGUAUUUCAAACUGGCUCUUGGGAGCAUCUCUGAGCAUAUGGAUGUCUGGAGUUUCAAUCCCUGCAGCUUCGCCUUUCUGGCGGAUCAAAAUAAUUUCAGCUUCCAACCAUCGGACCUGAACGGACACAAAUUUUGGGAUAGAAGCAAGACCGUUCCAGUGGUGCUUGACUGGGCUAUUGGAAACGAAUCAUGCGAGAAAGCACAGUACUCACCCAACUUCGCUUGUGUGAGUGAGAAUAGCCACUGCUACAACUCGACUAACGGCCUCGGUUACCGGUGCAACUGCACUGAAGGUUACCAAGGAAAUCCUUAUCUCCCUGGAGGGUGCCUAGAUAUCAACGAAUGUGAGGAGGAUCAAGUGGAGAAGCUUUGUGAACAUGAUUGCAUAAAUUUGCCAGGAAAUUAUUCUUGUUCCUGUCGAGAGGGAUACCAUGGACUCAACCUUGAUCAGAGACAAUGCAUUAAAGACGCAAAUGAAUUUCCAGUGGUCGCUGUUGUUCUAGGAAUCGGGUUAGGCCUCUUGUUUCUACUCUUUGGUAUUCGUUGGUCGCAUCGAAUGUGGAGGGAAAGAAAACUCGUCAAACUCAAAGAAAAAUUCUUUCAGCAAAAUGGAGGUUUGUUGCUACAGGAAAAGAUGUCUUGCCACCAAACAUUUGCCGAGACAUUCAAGAUCUUUAGCUUAGAUGAGUUAAAAAAGGCAACCGAUAACUACCAUGAGAGCCGAAUUAUAGGACAGGGAGGUCAAGGUACAGUUUAUAAAGGAAUUUUACCGGAUCAGAGAAUAGUUGCCAUUAAAAAGUCCAAAAUAGUGGACAAGACCCAAAUCAAGCUGUUUAUAAAUGAGGUACACAUCUUAUUCCAGAUCAACCAUAGAAAUGUGGUGAAGCUCUUGGGGUGCUGUUUAGAGGCGGAAGUUCCCUUAUUAGUAUAUGAAUUUAUUUCCAAUAAAACCCUUUCUCACCAUAUCCAUGACAAGAGCCAUGGGUCAUCAAUUUCCUGGGAAAACCGUCUAAGGAUUGCUGCAGAAGCUGCAGGAGCACUUUACUAUUUGCACUCUUCAACCAUGACACCAAUCUUCCACAGAGACGUCAAGUCUGCAAACAUACUCUUGGAUGAUAGUUUAACGGCAAAAGUGUCUGACUUUGGAACAUCUAUAUUCGCACAGUUGGAUCAGUCUCAACUUGCCAUGCUAGUGCCUUGCACGCGAGGGUACUUAGACCCGGAGUGCCUUGUUACAGGCCAACUAACAGAAAAGAGCGAUGUAUAUAGUUUUGGAGUAGUUCUUAUGGAGCUCUUGACAGGGAAGAAGCCUGAUUCUUCCACUCCAUCCAAAGAAAUAAGGACUCCGCUCAUGUAUUUCCUUUUAUCGAUGAAAGAGAAUCGCCUCUUUGAGGUUUUGGAAGAACAAGUUCGGAACGAAGGGGAACAUGAACAGCUCAUGGCAGUUGCUCAGCUUGCUAGGAGAUGCUUGAAACUUAAGGGGGAAGACCGGCCUACAAUGAAGGAAGUGGUGAUGGAGCUCGAAUCGCUUAGAGGGUCUUAUGAACAUCCUUGGAAUCCAAAGAAUUAUGAAGAGACUGAGAUCUUGCUAGCCGAACCUAUGGAAGGUAAUGCUAGCAAUGCGACCAACGAAUACAGUACAGAUAGCCACUUUGUAACAGCAAUGGAGAUGGCCACAUUUCAAUUACGAUAGAUUGGUAUGGUAUUUUGGUUAAGUAAGAUUAGUGUUCCACGGCUAGCACUUUCCCUAUUUGUUUUGAUCAUGCAUGCUGGUUUUUUUCUUUUUUUGGUAAUUGAAGCAGAACAUUUAUGCUA